CUUUUACUUGAAUCUCUAACCAUUAAAGUUCUUCCAUUAGUUUUUUAUUUACAUCUAAGUUUCUUUGUGUUGAGUUUGAUUAAUGGGAUCGUACUUUUCUAAAGUUCUAGCCUUUUUAAACGAAAAAAGCAACUUUUCGUGAUUUUUUUUUCAAUUGAAUAGCUUGAUUUGGAAAUUUUACUAUUCAGGCUGUUGUUUUCCCUUUUUAUGCGUUUGUCUAUUUUCUUGCUUUUCUCUUGUUCUUCAAGGCGAUGAACCAGAAAAGUUUUGAUUUUGAUUUUGAUUUUUUUUCAUUUAGCUCUGAUUGUUGCCAAAUUUGUGAAAAUGUUGUGAAAAUAGGCGAUAGAUUCGCAGAUCAAUAGCUAUUCCUAAGUUGUUGAGUUAUAUAACAGGUUCAUUGAUGCAGAGUUGUUCUUGUCUAAACUUGAUAGUUUCAGUAAUGCGGCUUUCUCAGGAUCUUUUUGGCUAUUAUUGGCUGUGAUGGACUCAUUCUGAUCUUUUACUGUCUCUUUGAGUUCAGUUUCAUAAUUUAUACAAGAUGCAGCUCAAGGCCCCUGAACAUCAGGUUGCAGGACACAUUGCUAAAGACGGGAAGCCUGGUCCCCUCGUGGAUGACAAGGGUCGGUUCUUCAAGCCACUUCAGGGUGAUUCUCGUGGCGAAAUCGAGGUAAAGUUCUACGAAUCUUUCUCAUCAAACACAGAGGUUCCAGAACACAUCCGUAGAUAUUUCCCGGUGUAUCACGGCACACAAGCAGUUGAAGGUUCUGAUGGAGCAGCCAUGAUUGUGUUGGAAAAUCUUCUUGCAGAUUUCUCAAAACCAUCAGUAAUGGAUGUUAAGAUGGGUACAAGGACAUGGUAUCCUGAAGCUUCUGAAGAAUACAUCCAAAAAUGUUUAAAGAAAGACACGGGUACCACAACCGUGUCAGCGGGUUUCAGGAUCUCUGGUUUUGAAGUGUUUGAUCACAAAGAAUCGAGUUUCUGGAAGCCCGAGAGGAAGCUUCUUCGUGGGCUCAAUGUGGAUGGAGCGAGAUUGACUCUGAGGAAGUUUGUAUCAUCUAACUCACUUUCGGACAUCGGGUCAAAACCUGACUCUGCUUUUGCCUCAAGUGUUUAUGGCAGUUCCCACGGGAUCUUAACACAGUUGCUGGAGCUCAAGAACUGGUUCGAGAACCAAACGCUCUACCAUUUCAACUCUUGUUCGAUUCUAAUGGUCUAUGAGAACGAAUCCAUCUUAAAGGGAAAUGAUGAUGAUGAUGCUCGACCACAAGUCAAACUGGUGGAUUUUGCUCAUGUUCUUGAUGGUAAUGGUGUCAUUGACCAUAACUUCUUGGGUGGUCUCUGUUCUUUCAUAAACUUCAUUCGUGAUAUUCUUCAGAGCCCAAAUGAGUCUGCAGAAUCUUAGAUUAAGUUAUUUUUGUUUGUUUGUUAUGGUUUUGGCUGAUUCCAAUUUUUGGAUAUAAACUUAUGUCUCCUUCAUAUAUGUUACUUGAUUACCUAAAGAGCAUAAUACAUUCGUACUCUUUUCUCAAGAGUUUUACAA